UCCAGCCCGCCCUGCUUAUCAGCCACAGGAGAUGCAUUCCUCUGGGCUGCUCCCUUUAUAAAUCCCUGCACCCCCGCCAUGCCCUAACCCGGCUCCCGCUGGACACCGGGGGGGUGGUGGUGGAGGGGGGACUGGCAGCAACCCCAGCCACGAUGUCACCCCCAUCCUCAUCAUCCUCAUCCCGCCCCUGAGCUGAGGGCGGCGGCUGCCGGGAUGUUCAGCUGGCACCGCAGCUUCACGCUGCCAGCGCCCCGAGGGCCGGUCCGACCCAACCCGACCCGCCCCGCUCCCGGGUCUCGCCGGACCGGCUGCCCGCACCCUCCCGAACCCGCACCCCGGCCCCAUGCUGCGCUCCCUGCUCGCCGGCUGCCUCUGCCCCCCCGCAGCAGGGAAGAAGAGCCCACCAGCUGAGGACAAGGUUGUGCUGACCCACAUGAAGAUCCUGAGCAAUGAAGGCAUCCAGAACCCCGGGCUGAUGCUGGAGGCUGCAGCUGACCCAGCCAGCACAGAGAAGUCCCCUCUGCCCACUGCCCCCUCCCCACCAACCCACCCCGGAGCCUCCGAGGCAGCGGAUGCCCCAGCAGAGCCCAGCUCAGGCUCCCUGCCCGGCUCUGCGGAUGGGCUGGGAAGCACAGACUGUGUAGCCAGGCUGCCUGACCUCAGCACCUUCGAGUCCAAGUGCAGGCUCCACAGGUUUUCCAAAUUUGAGUCCGAGGACUCCGGGGUGGAGCUGCCGAGCGGGGCCAAUUCCCCCUCCACGCCGACGGCUUCGGAGAAGAGCUUUGUGCUUCACAGCAGAGACUCCUUCUGUGACUCCGGGGUGCUCAGCACCUCCUCCUCCCCAGAAAUCAACCACCUGGUGAUGAGAACAUGUCAGGAACAUGCUGGAGAAGUCAGCCCCCAGGAGCCAGAGGGUGCAAAGAGAGCUGAGGAGGAGGCAGACACCGGGCAGGGUCCGGCACCUUCCCUGGGAGGCUUCAGGGUCCCUCAGGAGGAAAGCCCUGAUGGACAUUUUGACCAAAGUGAAAGGGAGUCUUUGGAAAAGGAACCUACCCUGGAGAUGGACCUUCCCAGGGAAAGAAUUCUCCCCACCCCUGCUCCCCUGGAAGAGCCCAAGACAUUAGCUGACAGUUUCCCAGAGAACUUAGGCAGCACACCAGACCUCCAGAUCCAUGGCCACCAGCUGAAGAAGUGUCCCACGAGUGCCAGUCUGGAUGAAUACAUGGAUGAGUGCUGCAGGCUGAGUGAGGUGAACAGGGGGAGCAGCCAAGCCCUGGGCUCUGGGCUGGGGUACCUGGAACACAUUUGCCAGCUGAUAGAGAAGAUUGGGCAGCUGCAGGAGCACAACCUCCGCCUCCAAAAGAAGGUCUGCAGCUUGCAGAAAGAGCUGAGGAUGAGCCAGAUCAAAGAGGAGUAUUUUCUGCAGCAUUGCUCCUGUGGAGCUGCCAGCAUCUUCCUCAGCUCCUACCAAGAUGUGAAGAUGUUUUUUUCUGGGAGGAGCAGACCUCACAGCCUCUUGGUUCAGACUGGGAACUCUUCUGAUCUCUCCAUCAUCCCAGAAAUUGGAGGCAACACUGAAAAGCUGAGCAGCUGCCAUGGAAGGGAGAGAUGCUGGGAUUCAGGGAGCAGCCAGCUGGUGGUGGGGCUCAGGAAGCAGCCAAACAAUAAGAACAACAAGGAGAAUGAGUUCAGAGAAGCUGGUGGCAUGGCUGAGGGACAGGCUUUGCCAAAGGACCCUGCAGACAGAAAGGGUCUGGACACCAGCAGGAACAGCUGGGGUGAGAGCCAUGCCUGGGGGAGGAUGAAAGAUCUGAUGAGAAAGACAAGGCUGAGAAACCAGAACAAGCUGGGGCUGUCCUCUGCUGCUCUGAAGAGGUCUUGCCCACAGCUGUACAGGCCAGACAUUGUGUCUCCAGAGGUGAGGAAAACCGAGAGGAACUCCAUGAUCGUUCUGGGGCAAAACACAAAGAAUGAGAACCUUUGGCCUUUCUGAUGACCCCACUCAAAUGGAACAAGGAAGGAGAAGAGGGGACACCAGGGGACACCAACCCAGGAACCCCGGGGCUGCUUUGUGCCAACUCCAUCCUGUGCCUGGCACCAGAGAGGCUCUGCCUGGGGCACUGGGAAAGAGGGAAAGAGGGAAAAAGGGAAGGGGGAGGUUGGGAAGGGUCUGUGGAGAGGUGAUGCCUGCUCAGCUAUGGAUGGAUUUACUCCUGAACAUGAGGUGUACUUACCAAGGCCCAGCCACUGAGGAGUUUUCUGCUGGAGCACCACGGUGAUGGAACCAAACAAAUGAGACUUUGGAGAAAGGCUUGGGAAUUCUUCUUCCUCUCUGAGUCAGGAACAGAACACUGGAGCUUUUAACUUACCAUUGCUUUCCGAGGACCUUCUGCAGCUACAAUAAGCUUUGGGGGUCACAGCAGCAUCUGGAAGAGUGCCUGGUGCUUGUCCCCAGCACAGCUCCUGCCUGCCCAGCAGCAUCUGGCCAGCUGUGCCCUUUCCCUGGACUCCAGCAGGAAAGCCAAGACUCUAAACCCAAGGCUUCACACCAUCCCCUUCCUGAAGCCAUCCCUAGCUUCCCAUCCUCCUGGCCUGGUUCUUCUCCAGAGGUCCCACACCUUCCCUGAGCAUCACUCAGGGGCCCUGCAGGGUCAGCCUCUCCAGGGGAUGGAGGCUGCACCCAAGGCACCACCUCAGCUCUUCUGCUGCCUUUUUUUUGGGGGGGAAGCAGCUCUCCAGUUCCUAAUUUCAGCUAAUUUUAACUCCAGUUUCCCAAGUUUAACUUUUAACUGGUUGUGCAGGUGGUGGCCUGAGGCUGUAGGUGGAGUGGUGGUGCUGGGGAAGGCAAGAGGGAGAGCAGAGCUGCAAGGAAGGGUUAGGACAAGACCUACAGCUGCUGUUGUUUUGGGGCCAUAUUAACAGCUUUUGGGGGCUGCCCCAUGGCCACUGCUGCCAGGCACAGCUUCUGAAGGUGCCCUGGCUGCAGCAGGCUCUGCCCACCAGUUAACUGGUACUAGCACAAGAAUCCCUGCACGUAAAGAUUCAAACAAACCAACUUUGCCACCCUCUAAAGGAUUGUCCUACCCCCUAAAUCACAGUGUAAGCAAGUCAAAAAACUGUGGUUUAAAAAUCCCUCCCCCUCUCAGCCCCACUUGCCUGAGAACCAAGAAGUGAGAAGCUGGCAGGAAGGGGCUGACUGCAGCAGGAAUGGAUCAGAUCCUUCCUCAGACAGCUCAGCCCUUGGAGCCCUCAGAACCAGGACAGGAUCUCUUCCCAGAUCCAAAGCAGCCCAGCCACACUCUCCCAGGGCAGCUGGAGUUUUCAGGGAUGAGUGAAGGCAGCACCCAAGCUCUGGUUCUUUGGGAACUCAGAAGGGGUUUACUUAGCAUCUCAAAAAAACCAAAAACAAACCCAAAACAACCCAACAACCCCA